AUGGUCGUUGCUGGAUCUAAUUGUACUGGGUGGAACAAUUUCAAAGAAAUCGAAGAAACCCUAGGGGGUCUGAUGGGCAAAGAUGAGAGUGCCAAAGUUGUUGAAGAUGUAGAAGAAGGUGAAAUUUCCGAUUCAACUUCAGUGGAGGAGAUCAGUGAAGAAGAUUUUGUUAAGCAGGAGAAGCAGGAAGCUAAGGUUCCUCCCAUGGAAUCCAAAUCAAAUGGUGGAGAUGCUUCUAGGGUUUGGACGAUGCGCGACAUCUACAACUACCCUGGAUUUCGGGGCUAUGGUUCUGGGUUGGCGAACCUCGCUUGGGCUCAGGCCGUACAGAAUAAACCUCUCAAUGAGCUCUUUGUAAUGGAUGUUGAUUCCGAAGAGAAGUUGAAGCGAUCGUCGUCUUCGCUGUCUCUGAAUCCUUCUAGUAGAGAAGAUAGGAGCAAUGCGAAGGAAGUGGAUAAAGUGGUGAUUGUUGAUAGUGGUGAUGAAAUGGAUGUUGAGAAGGAAGAAGGGGAGUUGGAGGAGGGUGAGAUUGAUUUGGAUUCGGAGCCUGCAGAUAACGAAAACGCUGCGGCUGGCGAAGCCAAAGAUGGUGUUUUGAAUUCCAAUAAUAUGAACAUCGAUAGUUCAGUGACUGAUUUGAAGAAUGAUCCUCCUCUUUUUUCCCCUGAGCAGAUGAAAGAGAUAGGGGUGAUGAUAUCGUCUGUAGAUUUCCCUGAUGUUUUAGUCCGAACUAAAGCUGGUAUUAAAGAGAAUGAGAUAAAGAUUAUUGAUGAGGUUAAUAAUAAGGAUUCUGAUGCUUCAGCUGUAAAUGCUAGUCACGCACUCACUUCUACAGCUAAUUUUGCUUCAGACUCUGCUGUGGUUCAUAAUAAUCCAAUUAUGUUGUCUGAAGUUCCAAGACCAGGAGUGUCUAGUUUAAAGGGUAGAGGGGUCCUGCUUCCCCUCUUGGACCUUCACAAGGAUCAUGAUGCAGAUAGCCUUCCUUCGCCCACACGAGAAACCCCUUCAUGUUUUCCUGUUCAGAACACAUUGGUUGUUGCUGAUGGGAUGGUAAAAUCAGCGUCAGAUACAGCUACCGCUAGAGUGGCGCUGAAUGCAGAAGAUUCUAGAUUGCAUUCUUACGAAACUGAAGCUCUUAAAGCUGUAUCUUCCUAUCAACAAAAGUUUAAUCGGAGUUCUUUUCUCAUGAGUGAAAGACUUCCAAGUCCAACCCCUUCGGAAGACGGUGGUAAUGGGGAUGAUGAUACUGGUGGAGAGGUUUCUAGUUCUUCUGCUAGCAAUUUAAGAACUUCAUGCCCUCCUAUUUCAGGACGGCAAAUUGUUUCUCCUUCCCCUAUCCCUGUAGGCAGCUCCAGCAUGCAAGGACGGGCUACUGCUAAAAGUGCUGCCCCUCCGAAUUCUGAGCCUAGUAUGACCAUAAAAGCUUCAGCUAAGAGUAGAGACCCCAGGCUUCGAUUUGCCAAUUCUGAUAUGGGUGCCUUGAAUCUUAACCAACAACCCUCGACAGUAGUGCAUAGUGCACCUAAAGUGGAUUCUGUUAUAACGUUAAGCUCAAGAAAGCAAAAACCCCUGGAGGAGUCUAGAUUUGAUGGUCCUGCAUUAAAAAGGCAAAGGAAUGCAUUGGAAAACUCAGGGAUUGUUGGGGAUGCAAAAACUGCUUCUGGAAGUGGUGGCUGGUUGGAGGACAUUGUUGGCGUUGGACCUCAUUUAAAUAGCAAGAACCAGACUCUGGAGAAUGCAGAAACUGAUCUCAGAAAAGCGGUUAAGGUUUUAAGUAGUCCUAGUAUUGUUGAUGGCAACACCAAUGGCCCAAACAGUGCAAAUGAGCAUGUGUCGUUGAUGGGUGCAAGCACGGCUUCCCUGCCUGCAUUAUUAAAAGAUAUCGCUGUGAAUCCAACCAUGCUGUUAAACUUACUUAAGAUGGGACAACAACAAAGGUUAGCUGCAGAAGCCCAGCAGAAGUCUGCUGAUCCUCCAAAAACUACGACGCAUCCUACAAGCUCAAGUUCAAUACUGGUAUCAGCUGCAUUAGGGAAUGUUCCUUCAAAGACCUCAGGGAUUUUGCAGACACCUGCAGGAACACUUCCCGUUAGUUCACAAAAAGCUCUAAUGGAUGAGUCCGGAAAAGUCCGCAUGAAACCCCGCGACCCUCGCCGUGCUCUCCAUGGUAAUGCACUUCAAAAGAGUGGGAGUUUGGGACAUGAGCAGUUCAGAAAUAUUGUACCCCCAUUGUCAAGCAUCCAGGGGAAUAAGGAUAAUCUGAAUGGUCAGGCGGAUAAGAAGCUAGUGACUGCACAAUCAUUAGAUGCCCCUGACAUUACACGUCAAUUCACAAAGAAUCUGAAAAAUAUUGCUGAUAUUAUGUCUGUUUCUAAUGUAUCAACAAGUCCAGCAAUAGCUUCUCAGAGUGUUUCUUCCCAACCAGUUCCAAUCAAGCCAGAGAGAAUAGAUCUGAAACCUGAGGAGCAGCGUCCGGAAAGUAUUUCUGCUUCUGAAGCAGCUGCAGCAGGUCCCUCUCGUUCGCCGGUCAUGUGGGGAGAUGUUGAACAUCUGUUUGAAGGAUAUGAUGACCAGCAAAAAGCUGCUAUCCAGAGAGAGAGAACAAGGAGGAUAGAAGAACAGAAGAAAAUGUUUGCAGCACACAAGCUCUGCCUUGUCCUAGAUCUAGAUCAUACACUUCUUAAUUCAGCUAAGUUUGUUGAAGUAGAUCCAGUACAUGAUGAGAUUUUGAGAAAGAAAGAAGAACAGGAUCGUGAAAAACCACAGCGACAUCUCUUCCGAUUUCAUCAUAUGGGAAUGUGGACCAAAUUGCGGCCUGGGAUCUGGAAUUUUUUAGAGAAGGCUAGUCAACUUUUUGAGUUGCAUCUUUACACAAUGGGGAACAAGCUAUAUGCUACGGAAAUGGCAAAAGUGCUAGAUCCAACCGGGGCCCUUUUUGCUGGACGAGUUAUUUCUAGAGGCGAUGAUGGGGAUCCUGAAGAUGGUGAUGAGAGGAUUCCCAAGAGUAAGGAUCUUGAAGGAGUUUUGGGUAUGGAAUCAGCUGUUGUAAUUAUAGAUGAUUCUGUGAGGGUCUGGCCGCAUAACAAACUGAACUUGAUAGUUGUAGAACGGUAUACCUACUUUCCUUGUAGCAGACGACAAUUUGGGCUUCUAGGUCCUUCUCUUCUUGAGAUAGAUCAUGAUGAGAGACAAGAAGAUGGGACUUUGGCAUCCUCAUUGGCGGUUAUUGAGAAGAUACAUCAGCUCUUUUUCUCCCAUUCCUCCCUAGAUGAAGCAGAUGUUAGAAAUAUUCUAGCCUCUGAGCAACGGAAGAUUUUGGCCGGAUGUCGUAUAGUAUUUAGCAGGGUCUUUCCAGUUGGUGAGGUCAAACCUCACCUACAUCCUCUGUGGCAGACAGCUGAGCAGUUUGGUGCUGUGUGUACCAACCAGAUAGAUGACCAGGUCACCCAUGUAGUUGCCAAUUCCCUUGGGACCGACAAGGUGAAUUGGGCUCUUUCUUCUGGAAAAUAUGUUGUCCAUCCUGGCUGGGUGGAAGCAUCGGCUUUGCUGUAUCGGAGGGCAAAUGAGCAAGAUUUUGCCAUUAAACCAUAA